CUCCCAACCCGAACACAGUUUGAGUCCGUUGCUGCCCCUUCUUUGGUAGUGGCCGGCGCCACCGCUCUCUCUCUCGUCUUCCUUAUUUCUGCACUUUGCUGUUACCUUCUUUCAUGGCCUCACCCUUCCACUCCCUUCUUCCUCGAACGACCUAAGCUGUUGCUCGCUGCAUUUUGAUGAGCUCCCAGCUACCGCAAUGAGUUCCAAAUCGAAAGCUUUUUCUUGUUCUCGCCUGCUCCUCGGCCAACUCCUCCGAGAUUCCAUCAAAUCUCAUAUCUAUUUUUCCCGCAAAAUCUCCCCGCUAUGUUCUCUUCCUCUUCCUCCCUGCACGAGCACAGUGUCUACGAUCCCUUCUCCAGGGAAAGCCUAUUAUUCCACUUCAUCCGCCGGUGACCCUGACUCUGACUUUCUCCCUUCCAAUUUAGUGAAAGACCUCCUGGCUGAGGUCGAGAAGGAUAGGCUCAGUGAAAGACAGCAGAGAAUAAGGGCUGGUUUGGAUACCAAGGAUAUCGAUGCCGAAACUCGGCAGGACUAUAUGGGUGUUGGACCCAUCAUAAGGAAGCUUCGAAGGCACAAAAUCAAGGAUUCUAAGGAGUUAGACGAAUAUGAAGAGCCUACUGACUCCGAUAGCGAUGACGAUGACGAGAGGUUUAGCCCUGAGGCAAUCCAACAGAGGUUUGAGGACUUUGAGAGGAAGUUCAAGAAGCAUGAAGAGUUGCUUAAAAACUUCACCGAUGCUGAGACACUUGAUGAUGCCUUCAAGUGGAUGAAUAGAAUUGACAAGUUCGAGCAAAAGCAUUUCAGUCUUCGUCCUGAAUACAGGGUUAUUGGAGAAUUGAUGAAUCUCCUAAAAGUAGCCGAAGGAAAAGAUAAAUUCAUUUUACAGCAGAAACUAAAUAGAGCCAUAAGAUUGGUGGAGUGGAAGGAAGCUUAUGAUCCUAAUAAUCCUGCCAAUUAUGGAGUUAUUCAGAAUGAAGAAUUAGGAGGAGGGCCUUCUGAUAAUGCCCUGGAGAAUGCUGGGUUUGAAAAGGAGGACCAACUAACACGGGGAGCUGAUGAGGAGGAGGAUCAAGAUAAAAAUGAUGAUGAUAGUGAUAAGGAUGAUGAGGAUGAGGAUGAUGACGAGUUUGAUGACAUGAAAGAGAAAGACAGCAAGCUACUGGAGAAACUUGAAGCUAUUGACAAGAAGCUUCAGGAGAAGCUAGCUGAACUUGAAUAUACAUUUGGGAGGAAGGGUAAGGUUCUGGAGGAAGAGAUAAGAGAUCUUGCAGAGGAGAGGAAUUCCUUAACAGAGACUAGAAGAAAGCCUCUUUAUCGAAAGGGUUUUGAUGUAAAAAUGAUUGAUGUGAACCGGACAUGUAAAGUUACAAAGGGAGGACAAGUUGUGAAGUACACUGCAAUGCUAGCUUGUGGCAACUAUCAUGGGGUUAUUGGUUUUGCGAAAGCCAAGGGCCCUGCAAUUCCAAUUGCUCUUCAGAAGGCAUAUGAGAAAUGCUUUCAGAAUCUUCACUAUGUGGAAAGACAUGAGGAACAUACAAUUGCGCAUGCAGUGCAGACAAACUAUAAAAAGACGAAGGUGUAUCUUUGGCCUGCCCCGACUAGGACCGGCAUGAAAGCUGGCAGAAUAGUCCAAACCAUACUGCAUCUAGCUGGAUUUAAAAAUGUAAAAUCUAAGGUUGUUGGUUCCAGAAACCCUCACAAUACGGUUAAGGCUCUAUUCAAAGCCCUUAAUGCGAUUGAAACACCGAGAGAUGUCCAAGAAAAGUUUGGCCGGACCGUGGUUGAGAAGUACUUAUUGUGACGGAAAUGUGGUGAAUGGGUCAGCUCAUUUCUUAUGGACAUCAUUCCGUUUUUUUUCUCCCCUCCUUUUUACGGGUGUCGUUGAUUCCCUAACCUCCUAUACUCCUCCUUAUCCUCCUUCUUAUUCUCCUUUUUACCCAGAGCAUGUGCUUUGCUCUUAGUUGUUUGAAUUAUCUAUUUGAUAAUAAUUCUUUCCGGGAAUGGUAAUCCAAAUUUCAAAUUGCUGUGGCCAGAUAUUUUCAACUCCCAGCUCUCUCCGUGUUAUCUCAAAGUGAGAUCCCCGAGCUGAAUGAAAAUUUAACUCAUCCCGUUUGCUUAGUUGUUUUACAAAUAAAAAGUUGUUUAUUGAUGUUU